AUGCCCCAGCCUCCCCUCAACAUCCAAAAGUACCUCGACCACACCCUCCCGCACCUCAACGAGAAGUACCCCCCGGGAACGGGUGGUACCGGCGCGCGCUCCGACUGGAGCGAGGGCACUCUCAAGGGCAUCGAGGUCGUCCCCAACUUUGGCCUCCUCGUCAAGGACUACAUUGACAAGUUCCCCGCCCAGGCCGUCAACCCCAGCCCCUACGCCAAGUACCCCAAGCAGGUCCAGGUCGCCCGCGAGCUGCCCGACCCUCUCCGCACCACCGGUGACCUCCAGAAGGCUCUCGCGACUCUCCCGCUUGCAGGCAUUGCGUCUGUCCUCACCGCGCUCGAGUCUGGGCCCCAGGGCUACCCGGUCAAGAACCGCGUCGAUGCCGCCGGCUACGAGUCGGACGGCGGUGACGACGACCACGAGGAGGAGCGCGCUAGCGCCCCGCGCGACGAGUCCAAGGAGUGGCACUGGCGCUACUCCAAGUCGCCCAUGGGUUCCGGUGAGCUCCUGCUCGUCAAGGGCGAGACCGACUCUGUCAACAUGGUCGUGCGCACCAUCAACUCGGCCGCCUUCACCGCCGCCGACUGGGACGAGUACGUCGUCACGGGCCCGUACAACUACAACACCAAGAGCAAGGCCUCGUGGUACUGGUCGCGCAUGUGGGGAGCCUGCAAGCGUCUCCAGACCAGGUACUUUGUCCUCACCGACUGGAACCGCUGGUCGUUUGGCUGCUUCAACGAGGACCAGUCCCACGCCUGGAUCUCCCCCGUCCUCUGGUACAACGCCAUGGGCCCCACCAUCCUCGAGUCGCUCUUCUACUGGGCCCAGACGACCAAGGGUGCCCAGAACGGCUUCCCCCUCAAGGAGAAGGACGUCUCGGCUCUCGCUGCCCUGUUCCCUUCCAACCCGGCCCGCCGUGUCAGCGUGUCGGGCAACAAGGGCCAUGUCGCCCGUGACCCCACCCAGCCCAGGGCCGCCAACGAGAGUGACAUUGAGGAGAGCGACGCCGAGGAUAACGCCUAA